CCCUCAACUCUUAUUGAUUGGAAGACAAAUUGAGUAUUUUGUCUUUUCAAAUGAAACAAGAGAGUGCGUAAAACAGUUUAACGAACCCAGUGAUUUAAAAUUCGACUCCUUUAAUAAGUUUAUAAACAGAUACAUCCCCUUGUUUAUUUAAAAUAAGGUAAUAACUGAUACCCAACAACACAAUCUAAAUUCAUGAAGCGUUCGAACCGAUAAGGUAUCCUAACAAUACAAUAUUGAGCGGUAUGUAAAUUAAUGUCAUGCGAGGACAUUGUUUUGGGUCUAAUCUUGUGGUAUGUAUGAUAAUCUGGUAGUGUCAGCGGCGGUGCGAGGCCGAGGUACCUCCUAUGAAAUGGUGUGAUUGAAUGGGUAGAAAGAUCCAUAAAUUGGCCUAACUAUCAACAAAUUAUCUUUUUGGCUUUGGUUUAUCAGGAACUACAAUUAAGCACCAGGGCCAUUGAUUGACCCCUUCCCAAAAUGUUUGAGCUUUUUUGAGAUUGGAAAAUGAUUUGUUAUGUAAACUUUACAAGCGCUGGGAUUCGUAACUUGGCUACCCAGCCAACCUGUAGAAUUCCUUCGACAAUGGUUUAAAAAUGUCGUCUGCUUACCAGUCACGUGAUUUAAAUCCGUCCGGCAGAGUGCCAGCAAUAGAACUUGGCUACCCUUCUGUCGUACUUUUUACCUUCAUUCCAAGCGAGAAAGAAUCUAGUGAGAUUCCCGUGUCCGAGGGGGACAUAGUACAACUUCUCUACAGUGUUGGAGGUUGGGUGUUUGUGAAAACUUACGAAGGAAAUGUAGGGUACAUUCCCUUAGACUUCUGCGGGGAAUUGGAAAGUUCCAAAGAGGUUGGUGCUGUAUUCAAAGGAGACUCAACCGUGCAAAAAGCACGACAGCUAGAACUAUCGCGCCAGUGCACUGAGGAUGUGACUGAUUUUCGCUCAUGUUGUGAUAAUAGUGUACAGAAAUUGAUAUCUUUUGAAAGUACUGAAACUUUAAUCGAUACAUGGGAUAAUGUACAGCAAAACAAUACAAAACAUUCCGACGAACAUGUUAAUUGUAACUUAAACCUGCGAAGCUAUCAUUCCCUCUCUAAUCAACAGAACCUCGAUACAACGAUCUGUGAACAUAGACUUUGGAAAUCCAAUAAUUCUGAUUAUGAGCCAUCCAUUUUGUCAAAAUCGCUCUCUUGUGACAUAUGUAAUGCAUUUUUGUCACGGUUGAUAUCCGGAGUUCACAGUUUGGCCAUAACUGAUAAAGAAAAAGCGGAUUUGAAAUCACGAAAGCUACUUAAGCUAUUGCAAAGAGCGACACAAGAAGGUCUCAAUUUGAUUUCCAAUAUAAGAUAUUUAACUGGAUAUGGACAGACGUGUUGUGCUGGAUUUAAAGAGAAUGGAAUUAGAUCUGGUAAUGACCUGGACCAAGAGCCGGUGCCAGAGUUUGGCGCACACUGCAUGCAAUGUGAAAUUUUAAGGGAAUUUUUUAAAUUGUCGGAAAAAUACUCCAUGACGGAUUUAUACGCUACGAUACGGGAUCUGCAUAUUCACGCUCUUAGUGAUUCCGAUUCCGAUCCCGAUUCUGGCACUCACAUCACAUCGGGCUCGAUUAAAACGGAUGAAACUAACACGUGGGCUUCAAAAAACGAUGAAAAAUAUAAAGUGUCUGGAGACCACAAAUCAAGAAAUGCGGAACUUUUCUUAGGUUCUAAAUCUCCCAAUGAAAUAAAGAGAAGUGUGUCUUUUCAGUUGGAGGAUAGGUCAGCAAUAAAAUCAGAAAUUAUGAGGAAUAAUUCGUUUUCUGGAGAAAUGACCUUGACAAAGUCGAAUAGUGAGAAAGAUGACGGAAGUCAGAACAGAGAAUCCCUUCACUCGGGAUACUCUCAAAAAACAGUGGACUCUGGUAUUGCUGAUGUUCAUGAUGAUCUUGAUUCAAGUUUCCAAUUUGAGCCAAGAUCUGAGGUAGGGGAAGAGCGGGACGAAAAUUCAAACCUGCAAGAAAGAAAAGUGUCACUUAUUAAGCCAGAAUCUAACAAGACCCCUACUAACUUUGAUGGUUCGGGGGUGUACGGUUUCCAGGCAUUACUUCAUUCCAAAAUGCCUCCGUCUCCACGACUUUCUUCCACAAAGCCUAAUGCUCAAAGGACGCCAAGAAAUGAGGCAGCUAUAAAGAGACAAGAUGCAUUUAAACAAAAGAUGACCCCUUUUCUCGGAAAAUUAUCACCGAGAGAAAGUAACCCAACGCCUUCUGUGGAAUCUAAUGCUUCCAUUCAACCGUCUGUGUCAAAAAUGUCGUUUUCACAACGAACACUAGACAAAUCUAAAUCUUUCACUGAAAUUGAACCUUCUUCGAGUUUGGGUGCUGGGUCACCUUUGAUAAAACUUGACGAAACUGUGAAGGAAGGAGACAAUGAUUUUGCUAAGCCUUCUGUGCCUGUAAUACGUGGAUCUCUAGAAGAUUCACAGGCAGGCAGCGAUAAAAGAAAAAUAUUAGCGAGACGAAUUCAGUCUAUGAAAGCUCCUCCAGAUCUCAGACAGUCAGCAGAUUUCUCACGAAAAGAUGACAAAGAUAUCCGGAAAUCUUUGCACGAUCUUUCUCAAGUGAAAAGAACUUCUAGUGUGAAACCAGCACCACUGCGCGCACAACACACAAUUCCACUACAAACUCCACAGAAAGACGUUAGUACUGGAAAGACAGUGCUAGUUAAAAAGUUCAACAAACAAAUGUGGCGCCCUCCUGUGGGAAGUCCAGAGGGUUCCGAUCAAAGACCCUUUUCUCCAUUCGGAGGAACUCUGCCACCAUCUAAAAUUAACAAAAAGAAAGUCCAUGAAGUUUUCGUUUGAAGGAGAAUGACUUCGUCGUUACCGACAUUUAUUUAUUUUUCAUUAUGUUCUGUUUUCUAUAGGAUAUUUCGAAGUGUCAUCGGCUCACUGGAGUAAUUGAUUUGUAAUGGUGGCCAGUUAUUUGAUGGGAGUCAAGUUGUCAGACGCAAGAAAAUGAUUUUUGCUUCUGUCAAGUACAUCCCUGUAACUUGUAUACAAAUGAUUGUACAUUGUUUGAGUUUGCUUAUAUUAUGACCUGAAUGUGGUCACAUACCUUUUGUAGUGCCAAUCAAGCAAUGUGUGAUACUCUUUUUCAACAGUCUAGAUACAUAUAUUACAUUUAAUCCGUCCAACCAUUUUUUUUACAAAUUCAUGCUGGCUGUGUUAUUUGUUACAGUUAAUUGUUUUCUCCAUUUGUACGUUAUGAUAGAUUUACGGUAUUGUGGGAGAUGCUGAGUAACUUGUUUCUUGCAGGAUAUUCCUAGUUACAGGUUAUGCGUGUAUGUUAAGUAUGUAACGGGUUAAAUUGUACUGAGAUAAUUUGUUCGAUAAAACGUAACCAUAUCCCAGGCAUAACACUUAAUUUUACCUGUUUGUUGUUUUCAAGUUACAGAAUAUGUUAACUGUUAUCGUGAUGCUGUUGAUUAUUUGUUUUAGGAUGUCCCACCUGAGAUAUCAAUUGUUGUAAAUAAUGACAUAAUUUAUGUUGAAGUAUUUAUUGCAUUAAAUUGUUAGUUACA